AAAUCGUAAACUUGAGUGCCUUUCCCGGUUAAAAAUUCAAUUCUACAAUAAUGGCUGAUGCUGUCGAACAAAAUGGCCAUGCCGAAAAUGGGGAAAACGGUGAAGUGCCGGAAAUCGAGCUGAUAAUUAGGGCCUCCACCAUAGACGGCAGACGCAAAGGAGCUUGUCUCUUCUGCCAGGAAUACUUCAUGGAACUCUAUCUUCUAGCCGAAUUGAAAACUAUUAGUCUCAAAGUGACCACUGUGGACAUGCAAAAACCGCCACCCGAUUUUCGUACGAAUUUCGAAGCGACUCCGCCGCCCAUCCUCAUAGACAGAGGAAUGGCCAUUUUGGAAAACGAAAAAAUCGAAAGGCACAUCAUGAAGAGCGUCCCAGGCGGUCACAAUUUAUUUGUACAGGACAAAGAAGUAGCCACACUGAUAGAAAACUUGUACACGAAAUUCAAGAUGUACGUCAGAAAAUUCGAGUCACAAGAUACGGCUGACAGUCGGCAACCGUUAUUAUCCCAUCUGGAUAGGAUCAACGAAUUCUUGGGCAAGAGGGCGACAAGAUUUCUUACGGGCGACACCAUGUCGUGUUUCGAUUGCGAAUUAAUGCCUAGAUUACAGCACAUUCGUAUUGGAGCCAAGGCAUUCCGUAAAUUCGAAAUACCUUCGACGUUCACGCAUCUGUGGAACUACAUGGCGAACAUGUACGAACUUGAAGCGUUCAUACAAAGCUGCCCCGCCGAUCAAGACAUCAUCAGCCACAUCAAGAACCAAUUGGGUUUGAAGACGACGGCCAGGAUAGAAUUGGAGACGCCCGUGUACACGACGGCCAUUCCAGUGCUAGCGGAAUCAUAAGAGAG